AAAUCAUUUAACACGGUGCCACCUAAAGGCUACUUUAUAUUGCACUAACACACAUGCGAUAGUUCGUGUGCAUGCAAAAUACUUUUUUUUUAACUAGCAAAAGUCCCUUCAGAAGCUCCGUACCUGUGAAAAACGAAAAAUAUCCAGUCCACAAUCGGUUAAAAAUCGGUCACUUUGUGUGUUUUUUUGAAAAUACCUGACAUGACUGAACUAAACCAUAAUUCAGCAUUUUGACAGCUUUACCAUCAUGAAGAAAUAUGACGCUUCUUUUGUAAAGAAUUACAGAUAAAUGAAGUGUUCCGCGUUUUCUCUCUCCAGUACAGUAGGGGGCUGCAGCUCUUUAAUCCGCCGACAAACCCACUAAAGAAAGAAAGAAAGAAAGAAAGCGCGCACCGGUUGUGGCUAGACGGGAUACAGCUGUGGCCAAAAUCUAGUGAAAUCUCGCCGAAGGAGCGCUGUUUUCAUCCUAAUCCUACCCACAAACAAACCUAACCCUAAACCCAAAAUCUCGCGAGAAAUGUCCGCAGCUGUAUUUCCUCUAGCCAGAACCGAGCUUGCGUUUGUAUCCUCAUUGUUUUUUCUUCUUGAGUGUUUUAUUGAGUGGGACAGAGUUUUAAAUCUGUCUCUUUUGGUGUCGAGAUGUUGAUUAGGAGAGAUGAGAUGGACGUGAUGUGCUGUAAAUCAGUAGGAACUGAUCUGUCCAUGCUGGAUAUUGAUGAUUUCAUCACAGAAAUCUCUCAGCUGAAGAAAGAGGUGGCGUUACUGGAGGCAAAGUUGAGGUCAAGAGGAGAUGAAGAAGUAAAGAGAGAGGAUGUGGAUGUGGUUUGUUGUGAAUCUUCAGUGUAUGUGACUGACGGGAUCUCCACAGAAUGUCAGGAUCAAAGCUCACCACAGUUACUGCUGGACAAACUCUCUGAAGAGAAAUCCAGACACACACAGGACUCAAAUCUCAGUCUCACUUUACUCUGUUAUACUGAGUCAAAGCCCACAGACGCUCAGGACACUGCAGUGUGUGACAGUAUUCAGGGUAUAAAAGAUGAGGAAUCUACUGAUCAAACCUCCACAGAGUCUCUGGAUUCUGCCUGUAACGCUGAAGAACAGCAGCAGAUCCUGCAGACCACACUGAAGAUGUGUUCAGUCAAACUGGUGGACUGCAGGAACCUAAAGAUGGAGAUAAAAACAGAACCUAUUGAAGAGGAAGAGGACUUUAUUCUGCCAGGUUUUAUUAAAGAGAAGAAACUUCAUUCAGAAGAGCACAGAGAGAAGACGAAGAAGCAGCAGCAGCAGUUUCACUGUGAGCAUUGUGGGAAGAAUUUUGUCUACUUAUCUCAGCUUAAAGGCCACAUGAGGACACACAGUGAUGAAAAGCCUUUCUACUGCACUGAAUGUGGCAAUUACUACAGGACCAAAUAUAGUCUUGAUGUUCAUAAGAUAAUUCACACAGGAGAAUUAGCAUACAAGUGCAGCGAAUCUGAAAAAACUAGGGAUUCAGGUUCAUUACAACCACACCAGAAUAUUCACUCUAAAGAGAAACUAUAUCAAUGUUCACACUGUGAUAAACGUUUCCAUCUGAAAUAUCUUCUGAUACGCCAUGAGAGAAUUCACACUGGAGAGAAACCAUAUCACUGUAGUGUUUGUGGGAAGAGUUGUAAUCAACGUUUCAACUUAGUGAUACACCAGAGAACUCAUACAGGUGAAAAACCUUACAAAUGUCCUCAUUGUGAGAAGACGUUUGCUCAACAAGAUGGUAUGAGAACCCAUCAGAGAGUUCAUACAGGAGAAAAACCUUACAAAUGCUCUCAGUGCGGAAAACGCUUCUCUGAUCGAUCUCAUUUCAGAGUUCAUCAGAGAGUUCACACCGGUGAGAAACCUUAUCACUGUAAUGUUUGUGGGAAGAGUUUUAGCCAACAGGCUAACUUACUAAAGCACCAAAUAACUCAUACAAAGAAAAGUUAAAAAUGAUCUCAUGGUUGUAAGACGUUUGCUUAAUCAUAUUUGCCUGAAGAUCCAUCAUUUCAAUUCAGUUUUAUUUAUAUAUUACUUUUAACAAUUGUUCAUAAUACAAAAACAGCUUCACAUGAAAUAUAAACAAAGAAAACUUAGAAAAGCAAAGAACAACAAAGCAUGGCAGUUUUAAAUAUAGUUUAGGAUGGAGUAUUAGAAGUUAUAUGGAGUCAUUUCUUAUUAAAUAAUGUAAUAAGUUGGUCGCUUGGAAGACAUCAGAUGAGAGUCAUGAUGAUGGGACGCAAGAAGAUCAGUGGUGGGACGAGCAUCGCGGCAACUGGAACUGGGUCUGUCAGUCUCAAAAAUCAGCCACUUUGUAUGUUUUUUCCUGAUUUUUUUUGUGUAAAAAUUUGGUAGUUUUGAUCAGUGCUGAGGUUUAUUAAUAGAUUUAUGCAAAAAAAGUAAAAAAAUAUAAAUCUAAUACAUUUUUACAGCAGUUUCGUUUUGUGGAAAAGGUUUUAUCCACGAACAAUACAAAAGGGUAGUGAAUUUGCCCACAGUGUAUUGUUGAGGCAUUGAACAAUUUCCAAGCAUUUUCCCAAAAUAUAUCUCAAUAUAAGAUUUGUCACCAAAAAUCUUUCCAUUUGCUGAAAAACAGAGAAAGUUAACCCCCAAAAACUCCAUAGUGGAUGAAAACAUCCUCAACAACACAUUAAUGUUGAUAUGAGUCCCAUCUCAAGGUUUUUAUUAACAUCACGAGAAUGUUGAAACACUAAAUUGCCAUUGUCUGUGUUUGUUACCCUGCCAAAUCUGCUUCUAGUCAGAUGAAGUUAGUCUGACC